UCGAACGGCCGGUUCCGGCUGAAUGUCAGUGCGGGGCUGUGGGCGGGGGAGGAAGGUGCUUGCCGGUCUCUCCGCCGCCCCCGCUGCUGCCGGCUGGGCUUGAGAUGUUGCCCCGGACGCCUGGCCGCUGGGCGGAUCGGACAUGAAAACCUGAGGCGGGCGGCGGGGCUGGGCUGCGGACAUGUUCGGCCGCUCGCGGAGCUGGGUGGGCGGGGGCCACGGCAAGUCCUCCCGCAACAUCCACUCCUUGGACCACCUGAAGUACCUGUACCAUGUUUUAACCAAAAACACCACCGUCACAGAACAGAACCGGAACCUGCUGGUGGAAACCAUCCGUUCCAUCACUGAGAUCCUGAUUUGGGGUGAUCAAAAUGACAGCUCUGUGUUCGAUUUCUUCCUGGAGAAGAAUAUGUUUGUUUUCUUCUUGAACAUUCUGCGACAGAAAUCAGGCCGUUAUGUGUGUGUCCAGCUACUACAGACCUUGAACAUCCUCUUUGAGAACAUCAGCCAUGAGACAUCACUCUAUUAUUUGCUGUCUAAUAACUAUGUAAAUUCAAUCAUUGUCCAUAAAUUUGACUUUUCCGACGAGGAGAUCAUGGCAUAUUACAUAUCGUUCCUGAAAACACUUUCGCUAAAGCUCAACAACCACACUGUCCAUUUCUUCUACAAUGAGCACACCAAUGACUUUGCCCUGUACACAGAAGCCAUCAAGUUCUUCAAUCACCCCGAGAGCAUGGUUCGAAUUGCUGUGAGAACCAUCACCUUGAACGUCUACAAAGUGGAUAACCAGGCCAUGCUGCACUACAUCCGAGACAAAACCGCUGUCCCGUACUUCUCCAAUUUGGUCUGGUUCAUUGGGAGCCACGUGAUCGAACUUGACAACUGUGUGCAGACCGAUGAGGAGCACCGGAAUAGGGGAAAACUGAGUGACCUGGUGGCUGAGCACCUGGACCACCUGCACUAUCUCAAUGACAUCCUGAUCAUCAACUGUGAGUUCCUCAACGAUGUGCUCACAGACCACCUGCUCAACAGGCUCUUCCUGCCCCUCUAUGUGUACUCCCUGGAGAACCCGGACAAGGGAGGAGAGCGCCCAAAGAUCAGCCUGCCGGUGUCCCUCUAUCUUCUCUCCCAGGUCUUCCUCAUUAUCCAUCACGCCCCACUGGUGAACUCUCUGGCUGAAGUUAUUCUGAAUGGCGAUCUAUCUGAGACAUACACAAAGCCUGCGCAGGAUGUUCCCAGAAGUUCUGCCAAGCCCAGCAUCCGGUGCUUCAUUAAGCCCACUGAGACACUUGAGCGGUCCCUUGAGAUGAACAAACACAAGGGCAAGAAGCGGAUGCAAAAGAGACCCAACUACAAAAACGUUGGGGAGGAGGAGGACGAGGAGAGAGGGCCCGCUGAAGAUGCCCAGGAAGACGCUGAGAAGGCUAAAGGUACAGAGGGUGGUUCAAAAAGCAUGAAGACAAGUGGGGAGCGUGAAGAGAUCGAGAUGGUGAUCAUGGAGCGUAGCAAGCUCUCGGAGCUGGCCACUGCUGGGGCCUCAGUGCGGGAGCAGAAUACCACAGACGAGGAAAAGAGUGCUGCCACAGGCUCAGAGAGCACGCAGUGGAGCAGGCCCUUCCUGGAUAUGGUAUACCAUGCCCUGGACAGCCCCGAUGAUGAUUACCAUGCCCUCUUCGUGCUCUGCCUCCUAUACGCCAUGUCUCAUAACAAAGGCAUGGAUCCUGAAAAACUGGAGCGAAUCCAGCUCCCAGUGCCAAGUGCAGUUGAGAAAACCACCUACAACCAUCUGCUAGCUGAGAGACUCAUCAGAAUCAUGAACAAUGCUGCCCAACCAGAUGGCAGGAUUCGGUUGGCUACACUGGAGGUGAGCUGCCUGCUCCUGAAGCAGCAAGUACUGACCAGCUCCGGCUGCGUCAUCAAGGAUGUGCAUCUGGCCUGUCUGGAGGUGAGUCCAUGCCUUCCCUUCCUAUGCUGUCCCUCAGCUGAGGAGAUCAUUUACGAGGCUGCUGGCACUGCCGGUUCCACAAUUUUACUUUCUGGUGAUUUACAAGAACUUGUAAUGGAAAACAGAUGGCCUCAAAAGCCAAGAGCAGCAUUUGGAGUACUGUGUUUAUGGGGUAGGAGUAAACUUCUCUUCACUCCCUUCUUUUCCUUGCAGGGAGAAGAGAUUUUUUUGGACAUGUUUGAGGAUGAGUACAGGAGCAUGACAAUAAAGCCCAUGAAUGUGGAAUAUCUCAUGAUGGAUGCUUCUAUCCUCCUGCCCCCAACGGGCACUCCACUGACUGGCAUUGAUUUUGUGAAGCGGCUGCCAUGUGGUGAUGUGGAGAAGACGCGGCGGGCCAUCCGGGUAUUCUUCAUGCUGCGUUCCCUGUCACUGCAGCUGCGUGGGGAACCUGAGACCCAAUUGCCACUGACUCGGGAGGAGGACCUGAUCAAAACAGAUGAUGUCUUGGAUCUGAAUAACAGUGACCUGAUCGCAUGCACAGUCAUCACCAAGGACGGCGGCAUGGUUCAGCGCUUCCUGGCUGUGGAUAUUUACCAGAUGAGCCUGGUAGAGCCUGAUGUGUCCAGACUCGGCUGGGGAGUGGUCAAGUUUGCCGGCCUUCUUCAGGACAUGCAGGUGACAGGAGUGGAGGAUGAUAGCCGUGCCCUGAAUAUCACCAUCCACAAGCCUGCCUCCAGCCCACACUCUAAGCCCUUCCCCAUCCUGCAGGCCACCUUUGUGUUCUCUGAUCAUAUCCGUUGCAUCAUCGCCAAACAGCGCCUGGCCAAGGGCCGCAUCCAGGCCAGACGGAUGAAGAUGCAAAGGAUAGCUGCCCUUCUGGACCUCCCAAUCCAGCCUACAACUGAAGUCCUGGGAUUUGGACUUGGCUCCUCCUCCUCCCAGCACCUGCCUUUCCGUUUCUAUGACCAGUGCCGCCGAGGCAGCAGUGACCCCACAGUGCAGCGCUCUGUGUUUGCAUCCGUAGACAAGGUGCCAGGCUUUGCUGUGGCCCAGUGCAUAAACCAGCAUAGCUCACCAUCCCUGUCUUCACCAUCACCACCGUCUGCCAGUGGGAGCCCCGGCGGCAGUGGGAGCACCAGCCACUGUGACUCAGGGGGUUCUUCCUCCACACCCUCGGCAACCCAGAGCCCAGCAGAUGCCCCCACAACUCCAGAACAGCCUCAGCCUCACCUUCUAGUCCAGUCGGUGAUUGUGAAUGAAAUGGAUGUCAACUCCAAGCCCAGCAAGAACUUGGCCAGGAACUCUGAGGUGGAGACCAUGCACCUGUCCCCCAGCCUCCUCCCUGCCCAGCAGCCCACCAUCUCCUUGCUCUAUGAGGACUCUGCUGACACGCUGAGCGUUGAGUCGCUGACCCUUGUGCCCCCAGUCGAUCCUCACAGCCUGCGAGCCCUCACUGGCAUCCCCCAGCUUCCUGCACUGGCCACAGCAGGCCCAGAGACCCCAAAUGAGGACACUGUAUACCCAGAGCCUGCGAGCCCCACAGAGCACUGAGUGGGCACCCAGGGAUCUCCCUUUGUGUAUGCGGCCUGCUGGUAGGGACCCCAGUGUAGUUUUUGACAGCAAGACACAUCGGGAGCACCCACAGUUCUCCAUGGCCUUGGAAGCUGUCCCUGAUACCUCUCCCUGCAAGACAGCCAUGGACCACUGGAGUUUCUCAUUUGCUCUGAUCUCUUCCUGAGCAGGCUGGGAUCCAGAGACAGCCUUCUGUGUACAGGUGAUGGCACUGGCCGCCCAGAGGGGUCCCGACAGCCCCGGGUGGCACCCUCCUUCAGGCAGCUCCCUUGUUUUUCUCUCCCCAUACGCACAGAAGCGGACAAGGUUACUUUGGGUAGAACUCUGUAGAGAAGCAUCUAGAUAAAUAUCUCUUUCAGGCUAUUUAUUUCUGGUUUUGGCAACAGGUGAAGAGAUUUAUUUAAAAAGUACUAUUUGCAGGGGGGGGAGCAAAAAGAAAAAGUCCUCAACCAUGAGGCUCCAGGUCACACUAGAAGUGCCAGCUGUUAAGGUUCCCCUUCUGUAGAACUUUGCCGUGUAUUUAUUCUGAAGUUGUGGGUGUCACUUCCUCUGUUUCCCUGAGUGAUUCUUGUUUCUCUGUCCCAAAUUCUACAAGCCUGUGGGAUGAUAAAAUCUCUCCCUGAAACAUUCAAAUACUUCUAAACAAGAAGAACUAUGGCCAUAUGGAGUGAGAAAGCCCACUUUUGUGCUGUGAUCUAGGUGACGUCUGCCCUGCUCAGGAUACCACACAGGCACAACCUGCAGCAGGCUUACUACCUUCUCCUUCAUCAAGAAAGACCACUGAGACCAAGGAGGCCCUAGUCCAAGUGGCCAUGACGGGAGUCAAAGGAUUUAAGACACAGGAAGUCAUCCUCAGAUGUAGCCAGCUUCCCAAUAUGCAUAUGGAUGCCCAACCAGGGGCCCAGCUGCAAAUCAGGUGACCCAAAAGCAGACUCUUCCCUUCCCUAUCCAUUGCUGCCUCUAGCAUACAGCUUGUUUCAGUAUGAAAAUCCCAUGCUUCUCGGUAUGUGCCAGCAAAACCCAGAUCUGUCCUAUCAGCCCCCAGCUUUCCUUUGCAUGCAAUCAGCCAGACCACCACUCAUGGCUCCAUGGCAAGGCUUUCUGUUGUCUUUCCUGCCAGUACGGCCUGAUCCAGUGUCACUAUCUACAAAAGGCUAACCACGAGGGUACCCUGGGGAGGCCUGUCACCAUCUGCCCAUCAGAAGUCCUUGCCACCUCUGUUCAGCCCACUUCCCUGCAGCCCCAGUGCUCCCCAGGAGGGGAGUGGUGCCGGUGUGGACUGGCCUCUCUGGUUUUUAAAAGCACUUCUGCCUAGAGGCAAAAGCUCCAAAGGCAGUGGCAAGAAAGGAUGUGCCGAGCCCCUGGAAAGGGAGGAGAGUGAUGGCCACCAAAAGAAGGGUUCUCCCAGCCCCCACAACCAACCCUGGUUAUUUCUUGAUCAUCUGCAGGAAGGGGUAGUCAGAGAAGCAGGCACUUUGGGUUUUGAAAUGGCCGUUGCGAGGGCAGCAUAAAUGUUAUAAAAUGCAGUGUGGCCAGAGAGAAAUGCCUGCAGCCAACCUUAACCCACCCGUGCAGGUGGGCCCCACCCCUUGGGACUAGCCUCUUCUCUGCAAUCAGGAGGUUUCAAGGAAGGGAAAAGGAGCAAGGUGGUGAGCAAACUCCGAAAGAGCAGCUGCUAUGGAGUAUUCAUCAAGGACAAGCCUGCCCUCCACAUCUUGUAAGAUUGUUUCCAAAGGCUUCCUGCAGCCAGGCACCCAGGGGUACCUCCAAGUGUGCAAAAAUGAAUUUCCUGUGCACAGAGUCCUUGGCUCUUUGCUGAUGAGGGGGUCCUGGAGGAAGGAGCUGGCCAGGACGCUUUCUCACUAGGUCUUGAUGGCAGUGGGCACAACCCAGUCCUCAGGAACACCUUACUAUCUUGGCAGCUGCUCUCUAGGCAGACCCAGCCAGAGAGAACAUACUGGGUCUCCCAUGGUCAGCCAUGGGAGGUAGAACUGAGGGAUAUCAGGUCUAAAAGGUCACGCAACUUCUGACUUGGAGGUCCCAGAAUCAGCCUUCAGAACUGUUAGUCCCAUCUCCAAGGGCACGCAUGCCAUGCCUGCCCUGGUCUCUCUCCCUUCUGCCACUGCCCUGGGGCAGACUAGCAGAGCUGUCCACAUAAGCCCCACAUCUCAGUUUUGACCAUCACCAUAGAGAAUGGAGCACUGCCCCUCCUAUUUGGAGGCAUGGGCAGGGGGGAUACUUCCCACAGGUCAGACUCAGUGUAGUGGUGAGCUCUCUGUAUGGUGGAGGUGGUGGAAGAGGCUUCCAGAGCUGAUCCUCUGCUAUCUCACCCAGCCUAGUCACCCACUCACAUACUUGGAUUGCCAGGGGCUGGAUGACUACAUCCCCUCCUAAGGACGACACUGGCUUUCUCUGUGGCCUCUAAAAUGCACAGUUGUAAAUAAGGCACAGGUAAGCCAGGUCUGGUCUUUUGUAGAUGCAAUAAAUAUAUUUCAUGCAGUAACAAUGGGUAGAAGGUUAAAUGCUUCCUCCCUCAGAGCUGAAGCUGUAAGGGACAGUGGCAGAGGGGGACAGGGCUGGGAAGCUCUGGCCAGGGAAGUGCCUGCUUCUGCCAAUAGGAUUUAGGCUUUAUGGGGACUAAACCCGAGGGGGGCAUGAAAGCUAGAACUUCCUUGUAAGUUGGAACUUGGCAAUAAAAAACAAAACCAAUGG